AUGUUCUCAGAAGAGGAAUAUGAUUAUCUUUUCAAAAUUGUAAUUAUAGGCGAUUCUGGCGUUGGCAAAUCAAAUUUGCUUUUAAGAUAUACAUCCAACGAAUUUCAUAAAGAUUCAAAGAGUACAAUAGGUGUAGAAUUUGCUACAAAAACAAUAGAAAUUGAUGGUUGUCUCAUAAAAGCUCAACUUUGGGAUACAAGCGGGCAAGAAAGAUAUAAAGCCAUCACUAGUGCGUUUUAUAGAGGAGCAGUAGGUGCAAUAGUAGUUUAUGAUAUCACUCGCAGAUCAUCAUUUGAAAACAUCAAGCAAUGGGUGCAAGAAUUACGUGAGCAUACAGACACCGGAAGUCCUAUUCCACUUGUUUUGAUCGGAAACAAACUUGAUUUAACAAGAACAACAAAUACCAAUGAAGCCAAAGAAUACGCGGAAAGCCACGAUAUGUUAUUCUUCGAAACAAGUGCUUCUGAAUCUACAAAUGUGCAUUUGGCCUUCGAGACGAUGCUACAAUAUAUUUAUAAGGAGUUAGCAAAUAAUAACUCCCUGCUGAAAAUCGCAGCUAACAAUAAUACGGUGAAUGGACUGGUAAUCGGGAAGAGAACUAGUAGUAUCAUACCAAGUAAGAGUACAAUAUUAUUAUCACAGCCGCAACAUCCAUCAAUGUUGUACAAGAAGAAUCACCAAAUGUUAAAUGUCAGUGAAAAAAAUACAGGUAAAAGCUGUUGUUAA